AUGCGUUGCGUGACGCUCCGGCUUUCGUCGCAGGCGGCGGGUCGCCGCAGCUUCACACCAUACCAAGUGGUUUUGAAGGCUGUGGAGCACGACGGACGCGGCCUCCUCGCCGCUGCAGAUGUGUUCAAACAAUUUCAGCGCUUCUACCGAUCAUAUCAGCAGGAGGAGGUGCAGCGCACACAGGCGGCUGCCACGUCCGCAGAGUCGUCGAGCACAACUGGUGGUGGGAAUACAACUGCUGCACCACGCUUCAUGCCAGGGAAGCCGCUUACACAGUUUUGCGGUCGGCUGGAGGACGUGGAGCCGAUGACGGUGCUGCUGCUCAAAGUGCUCUGUGACCUCCAAAAGCUGGAGGAGAUGCGGUUCCUCUUCACGCAGUGUUUACUGGAGAUGGAGGACCGCACCCCGUCCGUGGAGCUCUUCAAUGUAUUUCUUCUCGCCAUCAGCAUGACUGACACCUUUAACCAGUACGAGGUGGAGAACCUUGUGGAGUUGCAGCGUUCAAAAGGCAUCGUGCCGGAUGUAGUGACCAAGCUGUCCAUGUUUCUCUUGUACCUGCGUCUGGGCCACCAAAAUUGUGUGGCAUGGUGGCCGGGGAUUCGCGAGGAAGUCGAGAUCAUCAUCGAUACCGACGCCGUUGCCCGCUACCCGCUUCUUCCGCUGCGCCUUCAACACUGCUUCCAAACGUUGCUACGGGUGCACUACGAUACCGGUGUCAUUCAUGAAAGCUUUGAGCUGUUGCACCGUGCUGCGCCAGAGCGUGUGGCACCGUCAAUUGUGCUGCCGUACCUCCUCCUUAGUGCGAUGAACAUGUCGACCCCACCAUCCGCGGUGGUGAAGGUGUUAAAGCUCAUGCAGACGCGAGAGCGUCUUUCAUCAUCGCCCGCGAAAGGCGCCAGCGAGCAGACCGCCGACACCACCUCGUCUUCCUCCUCCACGGCGACAACGGCAGUCCCGCAGGAGCCGGUGCUGAGCAGCGAGAUUACCGUGUUCCGUCUGCUGGCCAAGUGUGCCAAAUACGGCGAUGCUGACGCCGCCGCCUACAUGCGCUCCUACAUCGACACGUACCGCCAGUUUGGGCUUGUGGCGAAGGAGAACGAGCCCGUGGCGGCGCUGCUCUACGUGGAGGCGCUCACGAAAGCGGGGCGGGUGCGCUCCGCUUUGCGGGUGCUGGAAAGGGGGGUGCCGGCGCCAUACAACCGCCCCGGGGAGCGGCCGAAGCUCUUCCUGCAGUCGCGUCGCCUGUCGCUAUUGUCAACAGAUCCUGUGCGCAACGUGGUAUCCGCCCUCACCCCACUUGUUGCGGCGACCCAUGUCGAGGAUCCUGCCGAGUCGCUUGUCUCGGAGAAGACGUCGGCUGCGGAGGCAGAGGAGCGCGAGCCAGUGCCGGUGACCUCCGUCACACUCGACCUGCUGCUGGCCGCCUGCCAAUUCGCCGGCGGCGCGAAACGCGCAGAGGAGAUACUUUGCCUCUACCCACGCUACGAGAGCGCGCCCACCAGCACCACUUACGCGCUUCUACUGGAGGUGUACGCGACAACCGCGCCGGUGGACGGCGCUCUGCGACUGCCGUCGCUGCAGCGCGAGAUGGAGGAUGCCGGCAUUGCAGUGGAUGCUGCGUGGCUGCAUGCGGCCAUGGCUGUCGCACUCGACGCUCGGGACAUCGGUGCUGCUCUCCGUGUCGCGGAGCUGAGCGUGGCGCACAAGUCGAGUGUCGAUGUAAAGCACGGAGCACGCCUCCUGCGAGAGCUGGCCGUGGCCGCUGACGCUGCCGCGAUGCGGCGGGCUCUGCACCUGCUGCGCUCAAGUAACUCGACCGUGGACUCGCGAAGUGUGGCGCUGUGCACGGCCGUGCUGCAUAGUUUUGGUGUCCCUGCCGCUGCGCUGAAGGUGGACGCCCCUGCGCACAAAUCGUGA